AUGGGUAUCGUGCUGUCAGAGGCAGAAUUGCAAAUGAGCGAUCAUAUUAGACUGACGGCUAACAAAGUGUCGCUCCUGAGUCAAGACUAUUGGAGCUGGGAAAAGGAAUACCUAGACUGGAAACACAACGGCACGAGAGUGCUGAACGUUGUCGAGUUCUUGAGCAAGACUGACGGUAUCACCUUUGGAGCGGCAAAGGAGAAGGUCAAAGCCAAGAUUAUUGAAGCGCAAGAGGAGUUCUAUGAGCAGAUCGGUAGAUUUUUCACGGUCAAUCCCUCAGUGUCUGAUGCUCUUCGGUCUGAUAUUGAAUCUAUGGGCCUCACACUCGGGGGCUUCAAUUACUGGGCUAUGUUCUCGCCUCGGUAUCAGGAUUGGAAGAAAAAUCCUCUCUUGGCUGCCGAUAUCGCAGCUUCGAUGACAGAGACAGCGCAAGUCCACACUUCCUUGCAAGGUAGCCAGAUCGAUUCGUCUCAAGAGCAAUCACAACCUUGUGGGGACAAUAUUGAAGUUUCAAAAGCGAUCAAGCCUCGCGGAGAAGGAGAGAAUGAUUGUUCGAAGAGGAUGUGCAGAAGCUGUGAUACGGAAGAGGAGGUGGAUAUGUGGAGAAAGCCAAGUGAGGCUGCUAUUAGAGCUCCGUCGAAUUUCAUUUUCAGCUCGCCGUCCAAGGGUACGCGCUCUGGGCUUAUUGGAGCUUUCAACACAUGGAUCGGCGCUUCUACUGACUCGACAACGACCCUGACCGACAUCAUUCGCAUUUUGCAUGACGCUUCGCUCCUGAUAGACGAUGUUCAAGACGAUUCCAAAAUGAGGCGUGGAAAUCCAGCCGCGCACACAAUCUUCGGAAUGCCUCAGACAGUCAACAGUGGGCUGUUCAUGUUCACAGAAGCCGUCGAAGAGGCGAGAAGAUUCAAGAACGAGUUGUCAAUGGAUAUCCUGCUCGAUACCUUGCAGAGGCUCUAUCUUGGCCAAAGCUGGGAUCUCUAUUGGAAGCACAACUUGAGAUGUCCUUCGAAAGAAGAAUAUCUUCACAUGGUGGAUAACAAGACCGGAAGUAUGUUCAGAAUGAUCGCCCGGCUCUUACAAGCGGAAAGCGAAGCAGGUUCAGAUUUCGAGAGUUCCUCAGAGGUAAAUUUCGACAAGUUGACUCUCCUCUUUGGCCGGUUUUUCCAAAUUCGAGACGAUUACAUGAAUCUCAAAUCAGCCAAGUACUCCGACCAAAAAGGGUUCUGUGAGGAUUUCGACGAGGGAAAGUAUUCAUUCCCGAUUGUCCAUCUUCUCUGCCAUCACCCACAGUAUCGAGAUUAUGUGACCGGAAUCUUUCGUCAACUUCCUGUGGGCAUCAGUCAAGGGCCAAGAUUAUCUUACGAAAUGAAAGUCAAACUGCGAGAUAUCUUCCAUGACACUGGCACUCUGAGAGACACGUUUGCUCUUGUCCAGAAGCUGGCCAAAGAUCUACAGGAAGAGAUCUCAAAAUUGGAAGAUAUUACUGGCAAGAGAAACGCCACAUUGCGGUUGCUCGUGAUUGAUCUGAGCGUGAAACGGACGGAUGAUUGA